UGCCGGAAGUCCACGGCCGCUGUCUGGUGGUGGCUGAUCUCCUUCGACCACGCCUGAGACCCUCCGAAGCCGAGCACCAUGAACCGCAGCCGGCAGGUGACGUGCGUGGCCUGGGUCCGCUGCGGCGUGGCCAAAGAGACGCCGGACAAGGUAGAGCUAAGCAAAGAUGAAGUAAAGCGUCUCAUUGCUGAAGCAAAGGAAAAAUUACAAGAAGAAGGUGGCAGUGAGGAGGAGGAGGUGGGCAGUCCUUCUGAAGAUGGCAUGCAAAGUGCCCGCACACAGGCACGAGCAAGGGAGCCCCCGGAGGAUGGCGGCCCAGAGGAGGACCGCACGCUAGAUGAUGAUGAGCUGGCUGAGUACGACUUAGACAAAUACGACGAGGACGAGGACCCAGAUGCUGAGACUCUUGGUGAAUCUCUCAUGGGUCUUACAGUCUAUGGAAGUAAUGAUCAAGAUCCUUAUGUCACCCUGAAAGACACGGAACAAUAUGAACGUGAUGAUUUCUUGAUUAAGCCCAGUGAUAACCUCAUAGUUUGUGGCCGAGCUGAACAGGAACAGUGCAAUUUAGAGGUUCAUGUUUAUAACCAAGAAGAAGACUCUUUUUAUGUCCACCAUGAUAUUCUCCUUUCUGCAUAUCCUCUUAGUGUGGAAUGGCUGAAUUUUGAUCCUAGCCCAGAUGAUUCUACAGGAAACUACAUUGCUGUGGGAAACAUGACCCCUGUCAUCGAGGUGUGGGACCUGGAUAUUGUGGACUCUUUAGAGCCAGUCUUCACGCUUGGAAAGAAGCUUUCGAAAAAGAAGAAGAAGAAAGGAAAGAAGAGCUCCUCUGCAGAAGGGCAUACGGAUGCUGUCCUCGACCUUUCAUGGAACAAGCUAAUCAGAAAUGUGCUGGCAAGUGCAUCUGCUGACAGCACUGUGGUUCUGUGGGAUAUGUCCGUGGGGAAGCCAGCAGCCACCUUAGCUGUGCACACAGACAAGGUCCAGACUCUGCAGUUUCAUCCAUUCGAAGCACAGACAUUGAUUUCUGGAUCCUAUGAUAAGUCAGUGGCACUGUAUGACUGCCGGAGUCCGGAUGAAAGCCACCGAGUAUGGCGCUUCAGCGGGCAGAUCGAGAGAGUCACGUGGAAUCACUUCUCACCUUGCCACUUUUUGGCUAGCACGGAUGACGGCUUUGUUUAUAAUUUGGAUGCCCGUUCAGAUAAGCCAGUUUUUACACUUAACGCACACAACGACGAAAUCUCUGGUCUCGAUCUGAGCAGUCAGAUCAAGGGCUGUCUUGUGACCGCUUCAGCAGACAAAUACGUGAAGAUUUGGGACAUCUUAGGAGACAGGCCAAGCCUUGUGCAUUCCAGGGACAUGAAAAUGGGAGUUCUCUUCUGUUCGUCUUGUUGCCCCGAUCUGCCGUUUAUUUAUGCUUUCGGAGGUCAGAAAGAGGGGCUUCGGGUCUGGGACAUCAGCACUGUAUCCUCAGUAAAUGAAGCAUUUGGACGGCGUGAGAGGCUUGUUCUCGGUAGUUCGCGAAGCUCGUCGAUUAGUGGUCCUUUUGGGAACAGGAGCUCAGAAACACCAAUGGAGUCUUAAUGAAGAUCAUAGGAUGUUCUCAUUGGCUUACCUUGGAGCUGGCCUGAACAUGUGCCAUUUGUACCUCCAGCCAAGCAGAGGUACAGGAAGAAAUUUCAUUGCUACUGCCUCAUGUUCCUCUGUAGGGGAUCAUGGCAGUAUGGAGCUGGUCUUCGUGCCUGCCUUCACCUGGGUGGUGUAUAGCGGGCUUGUUGGAUUUCUUGAAAACACCAAUAAAACGAAUUCCUCUGUCA